AUAUUAAAGUUUGUCUGGUCAUUUUGAGUGGGAUUCAUCUGACGUCAGAGUCACUGGUGUUUAAAACAACGUGCAUCUGGGCUGACGUGUUUUAUACUACUUUUUUAUAAAGCAAAAUAUGUAUUUCUGACAUCAAAGUGAUUAAUCUGGGCAAACGUGUUUCAUUGCACUCUCACGCGAUUACAUCUUAAAAAGAGUUUAGGACCUACCAAAGAUAACUGAUGCAUUUUUGAAACCCGUUGGAGAAGCAUUUUAACAAAUUAAAUAUGGUAUUCUGCUUCGCCCUAUAAGCAUCUAGGAGACUGUGCUUACCAAUCAAUUGGUACAGUGAAACACAGCAAGGCUGCAAUAGCGUGGAGACCAGCCGUCUCUCUUUAUUUCUGGAUAUUGGGAUCUCUCUACCAUGUCAUACCCACAAUUUGGAUAUCCUUACUCGUCUGCACCCCAGUUCCUGAUGACCACCAAUUCCUUAACUACUUGCUGCGAAUCUAGCAGCAGAACUCUGGCAGAAUCCGGCGUGGCAGCCACUGCCCAAACGCCAGUUUAUUGUCCUGUUUACGAGAGCAGGCUUCUGGCCACUGCGAGACAUGAGCUUAACUCUGCAGCGGCUCUUGGUGUCUAUGGGAACCCCUACACCAGCAGUCAAGGCUAUGGGAACUAUGUCACUUAUGGCACCGAUGCGUCAGCUUUCUACUCCCUGAGUACAUUUGACACAAAAGAGGGAACAGCCUCUGCGCAUGCGGGGAUCACACAGGCUGCCGCUUACUAUCCUUAUGAUCCUGCCUUGGGGCAGUAUCAGUAUGACAGGUAUGGCACAAUGGACGGAGGAACAAGAAGGAAAAAUGCUACUCGUGAAACAACAAGCACUCUGAAAGCUUGGCUUCAGGAGCACAGGAAAAACCCUUACCCGACUAAAGGAGAGAAGAUCAUGCUUGCCAUCAUCACCAAAAUGACCCUCACACAAGUCUCCACCUGGUUCGCUAAUGCCAGGAGAAGACUGAAGAAGGAAAAUAAAAUGACCUGGCCUCCGCGUAACAAAUGUUCAGACGAUAAGAGAUACGAUGACGAUGAAGAAGAGCUGUCCCAGGAGGAACACAUAAAAAGUGAAAAGACUGACGAUGAAAACCGAAGCAGAGGGGAUAAAGACCUGCAACUAAGUGAUCUAGACGACUUUGAUGCUAUUGAGUCGGAGAAUUCUGAAUGCGAGUUGAAGAAUCAGUUUCACAUGAACACCCAUAUGAGGACAACUGAUGGUCCGAACGAUCACCUGAAAGAAACACCCUUAAAGAUCUCCAUACCAGCUUCUAUUGAAGAGAAUCAGGAAUUGAAUAAAAGCUGUCUGAAAACGUCUUCAGAAGAUUGUGAACACGACCUUACAAGCGGGAGGCAGACAAAAGCAUGCUUCCCACAAGGCCACCAAAUACUAGACAGCAAGCCAAGAAUCUGGUCGCUGGCGCAAACUGCCACGUCUUUAAACCAAACUGAGUAUCCAUCGUGCAUGCUCAAAUGUCAACAGGUCAUCCCAUCCUCUCCUGCGGUUUCAUCUCCUGUGAAUGUUAUAGACAGACAACAGGAUUCACCAGUCACCACUCUCAGAAACUGGGUGGAUGGGGUUUUCCAUGACCCUUUAUUUAGGCACAGCACUUUGAAUCAAGCGUUAACCAACACCACAGUUUCUUGGGCGACUACCAAAGGUUCUAUAUUGGAGACAGGUGCUCUGGGACGUUCAAUUGGAAAUGCUAACAAUGUAAUUAAAGGACACGUUUCUACUUUACAGCUCCAAGAAUCAAACAAAGACAAUAUGACAUUCCCUAAAACGGGAAACAAAAUGUUCUGCUCUUAACCAAAUUUUGCUUUGAGAUAUAAUAAAACACUCUGGGAUGUACUCUUUAAAACCUAAAACGAGAUGUGUAAUUUGAAUAUGACACUUUUCUGUCAAGGAUGUUGGAAUCACAUUUAUAUUUAAUUAGUCAAGGGGUACUUAUGCAUUGUUAUAUUGAUAAUAUUUCACUAGUGAAACUCCCCAAAAGGGAUCAGUGUGAAAAGUAUUUAUUUUCGUUUUAAAGCACGUAAACCUAUGUAGAGGUAUAAAUGAAAGUUUACAUUUAAAAAAAAAAACGUUUACAAAGACAAAACAAGUUUUAAUUUUUCUUCUUUUCUUUUACAGCAUGCAAAUGUUAAAAAUAUCUUCCUGAAUAUUCUGAGUUAUGUCAUUGUUAUCCAAUGACGCUCGAGAGUAUCACUGCUGAAAAAAGAUUAAAAAUACACAACUGCACUAGUUUUCUUAAAAUUGGAAGGGUACAGUAUGUCAAAGUAUGUUCACUGAAAUAAAUGGUGUGUUU